AUGUCAAGAAAGGUUGGCUUAUCAGAAUUCACGUCACAGCGUUUGGCGGAGUUGAAAGCCAGAAGAGCAGAAGCAGAGAUGUCAGAUAACAACACCAGCCACGUUUUAAUAGCAUCCUCCACAGCACCUAGUGACGGCCCCAAUCUUCCAGCUACAAGCUCCGUUUCUGUUGAAGCACCUGUCAUCGCUCCUAAGCCAAACUUGGCCUCAUUGAAUAAAGAUGUGUACAGAUCUGCUGUACCAAUUCAACGCAAAGAAAAUAAUGUUGUUGCUGCUGGAAAUGAACAUGUCGACAAAACUUUACCACCAUUGGCCCAUGCUGGCCCAGUUGUUGAACGUGUUCAAUCUCCUAUGGUGGCCACAAAAAUGAAAGCUUCAGCAGACUCUGAUAAAUAUAACACUGAGGAGGUUGAAUAUAUUUUGUUUAUGUCAUUUAUGAUUAUUAAAAAUUAA